CCCAGGCCGCAAAGGCUGUCGGGAGGCUGAGCCAUACUGCCCGGAGGCGGGAAGGAGCAUCUGAGGCCCAGGAACUUGUCGCUCAGCACAAAACGAAGACGCCGGAGCACCGGCAGUCAGGACCCCAGUGUCUCCUUGCUCCGAAGUUUUACGGAGAUGAAUUGGGUCGGAGGUUCCCGGACCAGGGUUCUGAUCAAGCAGGAAAGGAGAAAGCAGAAGGAAUAUUUUGAAAAGAAAAGGUUAAAAUCAAAAAUGAAAUUACUGGGAGUUUUAUCCCCUGUCAAUAAUUCUACUGUCAGUUUAGACCUCCUUAACCUGUAUAUGGUAAAUCAGAUAUCUUGCCAGAAGAAAACAUCUGAAACUGUGAGAAAACCAAUGCACGUGAAUAUGAAUAAAGACAUAAAAAUGCCUCUAAGAAAGCAUGAUAUAGAACUUCCAAUGUCACCUAACUGUGUGCCGUCUAAUCUCUGCAUUGAUGAUAUAGAAAACAAUGUAUACUGUCAAACACUAGACACCAAGGAAGAACUUGAGCCAGUUCAGCUCAGUAAUGUUAAUUAUUCUCAUUCCUUGGUUUCUAAAUUAAAUGACAAUCAAGAUACUUUCAAUCCAUCAUGUGAAACAGCACAAUCUGGACCAUUAUUUGAAAGAUUAAACAGUCCAGGAACUAGAAACUUCCUUACAAGGACACCUACUGUAGUUGUAGGUGAAGAUUGUAGAAGCAUGGAUGAGAGAAGACAGACAGACUUCAUUACUGAAAAGAACUCAUUACGACAUAUUUGGAAAGAAAAUAAAAAGAAGUUUUCAAAUGAAGAUAUGAACCAACAAACCUCUGCCCUUCUAUCAGAUAAUUGUGACUCUUGUAUUAGUGAAAAUAUGAUCAAUUUAUUAAACAUAGACCAACAGAAGAUAAAGAAAACCUUUGACAAGUAUGGCUAUGAUAAUACACGAGAUACGUGUGUGGUCAUUGAUUCUCAUAAAAACCAUUUCACUGGUAACCACAUUAAAAGUAUCUUUACAGAUCUAGAGUUGGGUUUUAGUAAUUCUACUUUUAAAAUAUCAAGUCGUUCAGAAAAGUGUCAGCCAAACAAGAUUUGCCAGAAAGUGUACAAGAAUAAUGAAAGAAAUAAUUUUAGUACAUCUUUUGAGAAAGAUUUUUAUUCAGCCAGCUCUAAUAAAAAAGGAAAAUUUGAAAGUGAUUACCAAAAGAAGAUAUACCAGGAAAAAAUACAGAAAUAUUCAGUGAACCAUAUUGGUAAUAUCCCUUUGGAAGAAGUGCAUUCUGAGCAAUCAUGGGACUUUGGAGCUGGUGAGAUUCUGAUAGAAGGAGGACUGUGUUCUUUCAAAGGCGGGACAACAUCUAAGAAAACCUGUCAGUAUCUUGAUUCUUCACAGAGUAGUCAGUGUUCCAGUUACUCUCCAAGGCCAACAGAUAGUUGUUUCAGUUCUAGUACAGAGAUGCCAUCUGAAGAUGAAGAUCAAACUGAAGAUUCAACUAGGAGAUCCAUCAAAACCAAAGAAACAACUAAUAAUUUUAAUUUAGAAAGCAUGAAAAAAUUUCCAUGUGAUAAGGUUAUUAAUAACAAUGCCAAAUUUCAUAAACAAAAUGAGAAUUUUAACCAGUUCUCAGUGAAUAAUAAUAUACAUCAGUUUCCAGAGUCUCAGUGUAAUUCAGCACACAUAUUGCAAAGCAAAACCAGUAAUAACUGCAUUCUACAGGUUGCAAGGUGCGAUGCAUGGGUACAAACGGAGAGUGAACUUAUAAUGGAGGAAAAAUUAGAUGCUGCCAUACAAUGUGAUAUAAUUUCAAAAUGUAAAUGUAGAAGUGAUGUGUCUUCUUUUUGUGAUGUUGAAAGGUACAAUGAAAAUGUUAAAGCAGAUACCACUGGAGGGCAGGAAAUCCUUAAAAACAACUAAUAAUUCUAAAUCCUUAACCUGAGAUUUUGCAUUUGUUUUAAUAUUUAGAAUUUCACUAACAUAAUAAAGAAUGAGAAUAUUUUUGUAGCUAAGCAACUAGAUGAAAGUAUUCAGAAAAUGUAUUUGUUUUUUAGUAUUACUAAUUUAUGCUUUAAUUUCCCAUAGGUGUUUUUAAUAGCUUUAGUAUGUCUUAAAAGUUUUUAGAAAAUAAUAUAUAUGUAAAUUUACUAUUAUUCUUAUGCUGAUUAUUUAUUAUAUUAUGAA